UUACCUCUUCUUAAACCCUUUUUGAUGUCUUUUUCUAACCUUUAACUUAACACAUAGGGCAUUCUCAAGCAGAGAGGCUCUACUAGUUGUGGGGUGUUCAUCCUAAUAGUACGAAAUAUUGCCAUCCUUUGUUCCUUGCAUAAUUUCUUCCUGUAAUCUUGUGGUUUGUUCAUGGAUAUUCAAUUUGUUUGUUUACAGUAUGAUGUCUACAUCAUGUUUGGCCUCUAUUUUGACUUCACAGAGGUGUGUUUUUCAAUCGCUUUUUAACAUUUCAUCUUAUAAGGUCUAUGUUUCAAUUCAAAUAUGUGCUUUUCCACAAACUUCCACAGACAUGAACAUUGCAAGGCGAUGGCGGUCACUUCUGUUGUUGGACAACUUUCCACCAAGGCUGUCAUCUGACAGAAAACAGAAAAAGGGAGCCACAGAUAACCAACACACCAGGACAGUGUGGUAAUAUGUUCUUUCUUAAGUUUUUGGCAAUGUUUCUCUGGACAAUUCAUGGUGUGGUGUAAUAUGGGAGUUCCCUUGGAUAAUGUAAAAUCUACUAAACCCUUUUUUUUUUUAUCUUUCCCUUGUGUUCCCAGUGGAGUGGAAAAGGCUCAAUAUGAGGCGGUUCCAGGACGUGUCUCCUUUCCCAAAAUUAUGUAUAUGAAAAACAGGAUGCACUGCACAAGCUGAGAACCACUGAUGACCUGGAGGCUAAAGACCCCUUCUUGUUUAUAUUUACACAACAAGAGGACAUGGAGGUGUUUCUCCAAGGUUGUGUGGAUCAACAGCACCUCCCCUUCAGACCCUGUGUCCAUUACAAUGGACGUCACAUGACAGUUUUUUUUUUUUUUUACUUUUUGUAACAUUUAUCACCACCUGAUACCUCAAGUUCAUUUCAUUGGAUGUUUAACAACCAAUCAAACGGCAGUAUGUAGAAGUUGAGAUGGAGGCAGUAGAAGUUGAGAUGGAGGCAGUGGAAGGUCAGGAUGAGGAAGACAGAGAGGAUUAUGAGCCAGAGGAGGCAGAUAGAAACCUGUUACUUGAGGAUGACCCUCUUGUAAACAUCACAAAGAAGAGUGAUAUUGAGUGGCGUCACACCCCCUUUACCCCUGUAAACACGACAUGGGAAAGUCCUGCUCCUGCUCCUGAACCCCCUGAGCCACUAACACCAUAUGACUACUUCAAGCAAUAUGUUCCCAGUGAGAUGUUCCAGCUGAUGACAACAAUGACUAACAUCUAUGCAGAACAAAAAGCAGUCAAGGGGUAUAAACAUGCAUCAAUAUCUGAGAUUGAAGCCCUUGUCGGUCUACAUAUGGCAAUGGGGGUACUGGGUUUGCCAAGAGUGCGAAUGUACUGGUCUUCCAGUAUUAAUAUCGGCCUUUUCCGGGAUACCCUGUCUCGUGACAGAUUUUUCCAGCUUCGCUCCAACCUGCAUGUGGUGAACAACAAUGAGAGGCCUUCUGACAACACUGAUGUGUUCUACAAGGUCAGACCACUAUAUGAUUCCAUAAGGAAACGCUGUCUAGAGCUGCCAUUGGAGGAAGAUCUCUCUAUUGAUGAGCAGAUUGUGCCUUUCAGGGGGAAACUUUCUGUGCUUCAGUACAUCAAAGGGAAGCCAGAACCAUGGGGAGUCAAGGUGUAUUUCCUCUGCGGCAAAAGUGGCAUUGGUUAUGACUUCCUCAUCUAUCAAGGUGCCACAACAGAGCUCUCUGAGCAGAGAAAGAUGGUUUUAGGACAUGGGGCAGCUGUGGUCACCCACCUGUGCCAGAGAAUCCAGACUCCUAGCCACAAGCUCUUUUUUGACAACUUCUUCACCACCUACAAUGUCCUUGAAGUGCUGGCAGAAAAGAAAAUCCAUGCAGCUGGAACAGCUAGGGUUUGUCGCUUUGCAAAGCCCCCACUGAAGACAGACAAGGAAAUGAAAAAGAAAGGGCGGGGGAGCCACGAUGAAGUGAGGAGUAGGGAUGGAAAGGUGGUUCUAGUCAAGUGGUUUGAUAACCGCUCUGUUGUGCUGGCCUCCAACUUUGUUGGUGUAGGAGAUGAAGACGAAGUUGAGCGGUGGGAGCAGAAAGAGGGGCGGUUUUUGAAGAUCAAGCGUCCAGAGGUGGUGAAGAAAUACAACCAGGCCAUGGGAGGGGUGGACAAGCUUGAUCAACUCAUCAGCCUUUACAGGAUUGCAAUCCGGUCCCGCAAAUGGCCACUGCGCAUGAUUACUCAUGCCUUUGAUGUUGCUGUAGUGAACAGCUGGCUUGAGUAUCGCGGAGACAAAGAACGCCAGGGCACUCGGCCACAGCAAAUCAUGGAUCUCCUUGACUUCAAAAUGAAUGUGGCAGAAGCUCUUGUGCGCGUGGGGAAGCCCCAUGCAUUGAGAAAACGAGGGAGGCCGAGCAGUUCCAACACACCCAGUCCAUGUACAAGUCCAACUCCUCAUGAUGAGCCAGCAAAAAAGAGAAGAGCCAUGGAACAACGGCCCAUUCAAGAGGUGCAGACCGACAUGCUGGACCACAUGCCAAAUUAUGAUGAAAAAAAAGAAGCAACAAGAUGCAAAUUGCCAGGCUGUUCCGGAAAAACGCAUGUCUACUGUGACGAGUGCAAGGUGCACUUCUGCUUUGUGUCACAGAGAAACUGCCCACAGAAAAUAAGGGCUAAAGUGACAGAAUUGUGAGAUUCUCAAUCGUUUUUUGUUUGUGAAUUGUAAAAUAACAACAAACUAAAAAACCUAUGAUGAUAUAUUUUACAGCUGUUUAGACCUUACAAAACAAAAACAAUAGUUUUAACUGUUCAUGUUCCAUGUGAUGUCAAUGUGACAAUGGUAAGACUUAAAACAUGUAUGAUGUUGUCAUAUGAUGUUGUCAUAUGAUGGUUGGUAUUUUACAACUGUUUGGACCCGAUUUUAAAGAGUUCUGAUAAAAAAAAAAAAUUAUUGAGUCUCAUUUCUGAUUGCAUUAAGGAUGGGAAAAAGUCAUUAUUAUAUUUUUCACAACCUUGGAACACAAUUCAGGUCUGAAGUGCCUCUGUUACUCUUAAGUUGUAUUUUAAAAUGUUAUGCGUUUCUGUGCAUCUUUUUCGAUGUAUCUUUAUUUGUUUACUUUACCACUUUGCCAUAUGUUUGUGUGCCAUGGUCGGUGUGUGUGUGCGUGUGUGUGUGUGUGUGUGUGUGUUCUGUAAUUAUACCGGACCAUCAGUGCCUUCACAUAGUUUUAAUACGUUGUUUUUUUGAUAAAGCACAAUUUUUUGUAUUGUUUGGUGACUUGCUGAUUAAAUGUUCUUAUGAUAAAAGUGAUUUGUGGUUUUGUUUAUGUAGAGCACAGUGUUAUUGAUUGACACUUUUACGCACACAGUCCAGUAAAAAUAUAGGCUAAAUCACAAU